AUGUCCGGCUACGCGCAGAAAGACACCACCAUCUCCAACCUCGUCAGGAGGAACGAAGACUGGGCGGCUGGCAUUGAGAGGAUUCAUCCGGGAGCGUUCCCCCGUAUGGCGAGGAGGCCGCAGCAGCCAAAGGUCCUCUGGAUAGGCUGCUCCGACUCGCGCGUCCCCGAGUCAGUCAUCACGGCGUCCGUGCCCGGCGACAUCUUCGUCCAUCGCAACAUCGGAAACCAGUUCUCCGCUGACGACCCCAGCGCGGCGUCCGUCGUCCAGUUCGCCGUCCAGAGGCUCCGCGUGUCCCACGUCGUCGUCGUCGGGCACACGCACUGCGGGGGCGUCGCGGCCGCGUUCGAGGCAGUGAAGGACGGGCUUCCCCCAAGCGGACCGCUCGGCGGGUGGCUUCACCACCUGAUCCACCUCGCUCGGCACCACCCAGAUGCCACGGACCUCACGGAGGCGAACGUCGUCAGCGCUAUAGAUCGCGUCAGAGACUUCAUCGAGAAGAUGGAGUACCUCGAUCCUCGCGGCGAACAAGAGUUCCAGCAGGUCACGGUGGUGGGCAUGGUGUACGAGCUUGAGACGGGGCGGUUGAGGGAGCUGGGACGACGGGAAGUCUGGCCGCCUCAAGAGGAGGCCGAUGAAGAUGAAUCGGAUACAGCCACGGUGUACGAAGCUGGACGGUACGAAAACCCGCCAUACGCAAACGGGCAGUACGCAGACGAACCGUACGAGGACGGCGUGUAUGAGAACAAGCCGUACGCCAAUGGAGUGUAUGCCACCGGUAUACCUGUAUACGUAUGAUGGUGCUGCUCCCUGUACCGUUGUUCCGUUUGUCAUACCGGGGUCAUGCAUCUCUGUAUGAUACUUCCUAGCACUAUAUGCCUGGUGAAUGAGCGCGUCCGGAUGCACUGUGGUCCAUUAAUGAGGGAAUGAAUUGUUAGGCUACCUCUUCUCUAGUUGCGGGUCAUAGCAUGUGCAUUGCAACAGAGUCAACGUGUGAUCUAAACAUCUUCGGAGAAGUAUGCCUUCUUCUUGUACCUCGACUGAUCCCUCAACCACUGAGGACCUUGUGGUUAGCAUGUCUACAUCCAGAAACCAACUUGCGCAUACCUGUCUGUAUUCAUGCAACGAGCCAAUCUUCUCGCCUACGCACAUAGCACAUCAGACGAUACAGUCCGACUGGAGCACAGCCUGA